AUGUCGUGGUUAACGUCGACACUCGUAUUAAAAUAUUUAGAAGAGUAUUUUAUUUUGCAGGUGGUGGGGCACGAAUCAGUUUUAGCAGGGAAUGGGGCGCACGAAAUGCGUUGUGGCCGGCGACUGGUCUCAGGACUCUUCUCUCGACCGAGGCUACCUCUAGGUUACUCCUACGUCACAACGGUGCCUCCUGGUGCUUGCCGGCUAAACGUCUCCGAAAUCGUAGCUAGCGAAAACUAUAUCGCCUUGAAAAUAUCGAACAGUUCGUAUAUAAUGAAUGGUGAGUUUGCGGUGAGCGCGCCGGGCACUUACGAGGCGGCGGGCGCGCGCUUCGUCUACUCCCGCGGCGCCGGGCUUGACGUCAUCUACGCGCACGGGCCCAUACACUAUCCCAUCGACAUCAUGAUAUUAUACACGCAACCAAAUCCAAGUAUUAAGUACGAGUAUUUUACUGAAGCGACGGGUGAUGAUAAAUCAGCUUCAGUCGCCGACCUACCAGACAUUCCUUCAACAGCUACUACUAAACAUACGAGACGACAUCAUAACUUCGAUGCUCAUUCCAGAAGUCUCGGAGUUCCUAGGCAUCCAGAUUUAACUAGCAUGUCUAAGAAAGAUUCUAAUCACUCUCUAGACGAAAAUUCUGGUGCCAACCGAAGAUUUGCGUGGAAGAUUUUGUCAUACACACAAUGUACGCGGAGUUGUGGUGGCGGUAUACAGUUGGGAAAGUAUCGUUGCGUGGAAAUCACCAAUGGGUCAGACAGAGAAGUAUCUUCAGUUCACUGCGCGGGAUCUCCGCCUGCCGGCCGCAGACGACGAUGUGGCAACACGGUGUGUCCACCACGAUGGAGGGCAGCUGCGUGGUCAGCUUGUCCUCGCUGCGGACCCGCAUCAAGAACUAGAAUCGUUGGUUGCGUCCAGGAUCAUGCAAGGGGUAUCACUAAGAUAAGCGAUCAAAAAUGCCUGCCGCCGAAACCGUCAACGACAGAACCAUGCGACAUACCGAGAUGCGACGACAACUACGGCAUGAGGCAUAUCGAAACGAAACGACCGACGCAACGGGAGCAUACAGACACCUUUCGCGAAGGGCCUGUCUACACCGUGGCUGUCAACACCUCCGACAUCGACAUUGGCCCGGAAUACAGUUUUAAUGCACCAGCUGGAUGGAUUUACACGGAGUGGUCCGAGUGUACAGGAUGGUGCGUGGGAGGUGGAGUCCAGACGCGGAAUGUGCGUUGUGCUGAUCCUUCAGGAUGUGCUCCGAGGAAAGAGCCUGAAGCAACUCGUACAUGCACCCUGCGCUUGCCUUGCGAGCCUCUCGAAGGUCAAUGGUUUACGAGCGAAUGGUCGAGAUGCUCAGCCAAAUGCGGAGGAAAACAAGUACGCAGUGUGUUGUGCAUUGGUGGCACUGGAAGGCGCCUCAGGAACAAUGCUUGCAAGGAGCCGAGACCAGAUCACGAGAGGGAUUGCGGAGGCGAGUGUCCUCCUACUUGGUACUUCAGCGAUUGGAGCCAGUGCAUGGGCAAUUGUUCCUUUACUGUGGGAGUGCAAAGACGAACAGUGGUGUGCACCCACGAGGAAAUCGAUGGAGAGAGUGGCGAGACAGACUGCAAGGAAUCUCCGCCUCAAUCUCAUCGGACUUGCGAGCUGAGCUGCUCCAAUUUAUCUACCUUGCCACCUGAUCUGACUAUAGAGUCUCAAAAAGUAUCGGGUUAUGAAGGCACCAGCACGCAGAUUAACACUGCUAGAGGUGUUAGAACAAAAGACUGUGAAGAUAAACUACCCAACUGCAUGCUAGCGGUGCAAGCUCGACUUUGUCACUACAAAUAUUAUAUUCAGAACUGCUGCGAUUCUUGCAGAGUCUAAAACAGCCAUUACAUUUAACAUGCAAUCUCUUAAUCUGGUAUUUUCAGGACGUUUCCGUCGAUUUUUUUCCACCGACGAUGCUAUAUUUCGAUGGCUUCUAAGUAAACUAUCGUAUCUGACAAAAUUGCGAUAUUCCCUUAUUUACAGUUUUGUUAUGUAGGUACAGUUUACUACCAAAACCCAUUAAAAAAGGUAGUAAAUGAUUGUUAAUAAAGUGUUUUCUCGUUUAUUAACUUUUGAAUGGAAUGAGUUUCGUAUUAAACAAUACCUUAAUAACGAAACGCUAAAAUGUGAAUGUCGCAAUGUUUUCAGAUACGAUAGUUUAUUUAGGAGCCAUCGCUUUGAUAUAUUGUGCGCUCAGCAAAUUUUAGGCGCGUUGUCAUGUAAAAUAAGUCUUUUGCAUAGACCCAUAAGAUAAAAUUUCCAAUGAAGUUAUAGAAAAAAAAUCCACCAGAUUUUAUUGGUGCAUUUGUACAGCUCCGUUCUUCCUAUUUGCUUAUUAAUUAGCUUUAAGAAAUUUAACUUAGCCUUUAAAUCAAAUUCUGACUAAUCAGUGCAAACAGUAUUGACAUCUUAAUUGUAAUAUUAACUGAACCCAAUAAAAGGUUUUAGAUCGUUGCAAUAAUAGACCUCAAAAUUUACGCAAAAUUCGCAUCCGAAUUUUCUCAAAUAAAUAUUAACUCCAAUAUUAACAUUUAUAGCUCGCUGCCAACUAGCAUUGCCAUUUAUUUGAUUAAUUAUCUUGUACAUAUCAUAUUUGGUAACAUUUCAUAUAUUUUUAACAUUAAAGUAUCUAUUUUGCUUAUUGGUGUGAUAUUUAAUAUAAGCAUACUUAUAGAAUAUGAUUUUAUUAAGAUUAGAUAAUAAAAAAAUAUGAAAUCAUGACGUAAAAUAGUCUUACAAUAUAUAUUCAAUGUAAUUCUCUUAAAUUAUAUUUAUGCGUGUACGAUGAGCGUUUGUACAUAGUAAGUCAUGAACAGUAAAAUAGAUUAAACACA